CGAGAGGCUAUAAGGACAGAGGUCUCAGGAGUAUUGGCGGGCGAGUCUGUAGCGGCGUUUUCCUCUCUCUCUUUCUCUCUCUGUCUAUUGUUGCCAACAACCAAGGUCUUUCGUUCUAUCAAUACUCGAUCACCAUCCUCCCUCCCUCUCUCUCUCGCCCUCUUCUACUCUCGUUGCUCGUGGGCCGUGAUCACUUGCACGCCCCUUCCUGGUUAACGCGGAAAAUAUCGAAAAGUAAACAAGGAGGCGGCAAAGAAGGGCGGGUUAGAAAGCCAGAGCAAGAUGGCUUACGGCCUGUCGCACUCAUACUUUGGCGCCAACUUCAUUUCCGACUUCAACUUUAUCAACUACGACGAUCCGUCCAAUGGCUUUGUGAGGUACCAGAGCCAGCCUGAUGCCCUCGCAAAGGGCCUCUACUCGAUCAACCCAAACACGCAGGCCGUGACGCUGGGCGUCGACAACACCAACGUCUAUGGCCUCGAUGAGGGGCGCCCGAGCUUGAGGCUCGAGAGCAAGAGGCAAUAUAACCAUGGCCUGUUCAUCGGGGACUUUGCGCACAUGCCGCCGUCUGUCUGUGGGUUGUGGCCAGCAUUCUGGAUGUACGGGACAGAUUGGCCCGUGGAUGGCGAGAUUGAUAUCAUUGAGGGCGCCAACCAGGCCACCAUGAAUAUAAUCUCUGGACACACCACGGAAGGAUGCCGUCUCCCGGACGAACCACAAGCCGCCGGCGAGCCGCUGCUUCGAGACUGCGAAAGUCCAGGUGUAAGCCUCGUUCUUCGCCCCUCAUCCCUUCCUCCAAUUCAUCCCCGGUUCUCGCUGACGCGCGCCAAACAGACUACCAACAACGCCGGCUGCAACUAUCUGCCCCCCGCGUCGCAACCGCACACCUACGGCGAUUCGUUCAACGCCGUCGGCGGCGGCGUAUACGCCCUCGAGUGGACCUCAGAGGCCAUCCGCAUCUGGAGCUGGCCGCGGUAUGGCAUCCCCAGCGACAUCGUCGCCAAGACCCCCGACCCGUCUACGUGGGGCCUGCCUUCGGCGCUGUUCGGGACGUCGAGCUGCGAGGUGGACCGGUACUUCAGAAAUAUGAGCCUUGUGAUUCAGACGAACUUCUGUGGUGAUUACGCCGCCAACAUAUGGGGCAAUGACGGAGAUACCUGCAAUCAGCGGGCCCCGACCUGCGUCGAAUACGUGGCGAAUAACCCUGGUGCCUUUAGCAAUGCAUACUGGGAGGUCAACUACAUUGACGUAUACCAGGCCUAUGCCGCCAAUGACACGGGCCCAGCGGAGCCGACAACGACGACGACCAUCAAGGUCACGUCCACAAUCUACAUGACGGUGCCGAAUCCCGCCACCAUGAUGACGAGCAUCAUGCAGAACGGCACCAUGCUCGUCUCCUCCAUGAGAAGCAACCCGGCAGGCCCAACGGCCACCGCUCCGCCGAGCCCGUCCACCGACCCGAUCGUCCCGGGGCGCGAUCCGGCAACCGUCGGCGAGUACGCGUACCUCGGCUGCUACGGCUCCACGACCGGAUUCCAGACGUUCUUGCUCAAAGCAUCGCGGCCGGAUUUGACGGUCGAGGAGUGUGUUAACCUGUGCAGGCCUGGUAGAUAUGCCGCCCUCCGUGGAAGCGAAUGCUUCUGCGCGGAGGUCCUCGACCCGGACACCAGAGCCGAGGCGGAUCGCGGGCGCUGCGAUAUCCCCUGCCCGGGCAACAGCGUGCAGCUCUGCGGCGGCACCACCGGCGUCUCGCAGGCCCCCUCGCGCCUCAUGCAUCUCCACCGCCGUGCCGCGCCGGCCAACUACCUACUCACCGUCUACGGCCGCGUCUCCGACGACGUGUCGGGGCCGCCGCCGCCGCUGGGAGAUCCCGAGCCGCACCCGCCCUCGACCUCGACGGUCGUGACGACCAUCACGUACACUACCGUCGACGCGACCGAUCUCGCGUCCCUGGUCCCCGUGGAAUACCACACGACGAUCUUGGUGCCCGGGUGUAACAAGUACUGCGGCGACAGGGCCCCGGCGGCGGUCUGCGUGCCGCUGACGACGACGGUGGCCUCGUGCGAUGCGUGCGGCGCGAACGGCUCGAGCCAGGUCACGCUGGCGGUGCCGUUGCAGAUCGCCGCCGUGCCGUUCACGACGCCCGCAACGGGGUACUGGCCGAUGAGCGGGCAGACGACUCCGGUCCUUCCCGGGGGUCCGACCGGGAUCCUCGCGCCGUCACAGGUUUUGGUCAGCGCCGCAGCGGGUGGGAGCCAUGUGUGGGCUGUGCGCCUGGGAGCGGCCAUCGUGAUGGUGCGCUUCGUGUUGAUGUUCCUUUGAUAGGUAAUAGGCAUCACUGGCGGAUCGGUAGGGCUGGUUCCCGGAGCAUUUGGCGGAGCAUCUGAAACCUACUUUCCUCACUUUCCUACACAUUCAUUAGCAUAGACAUCGUCAUGAUACCACCACACCAGCGCAACGGGCGCAUGCGUUUAUUAGUACUAGUUCUAUACAGAUAGCAACGAGAUAUU